GGCAAUGGCGGCGGAUCGCACGAAGGCGGUCGGAGCUGUUCGAACGUCCCGCUCUGCACGGGAUGGCUUGGACAAAAGCAUCACGCUGCCGCCCGACGAGAUCUUCCGCAACCUGGAGAAUGCCAAGAGCUUUGCCAUCGACAUAGGUGGAUCCUUGACAAAGCUGGCCUACUAUUCAACAGUGCAGCACAAAGUUGCUAAAGUGCGAUCCUUCGAUCAUUAUGGAAAAGUCCCUGAUGAUGAACCAUUGUAUGAGAUCUCAGUUCAGGAAGAGAUCACUGCCCGACUUCAUUUUGUUAAAUUUGAAAACGCUUAUAUAGAAACAUGUCUGGACUUCAUCAAAGCACACCUGGUGAACACAGAGACCAAAGUGAUUAAAGCUACAGGAGGUGGUGCUCACAAAUUCAAGAAUCUCAUUGAGAAAAAGCUGGGACUAAAGGUGGAUAAGGAAGAUGAAAUGACUUGCCUAAUAAAAGGUUGCAACUUUGUGCUGCGAAAUAUUCCACAUGAAGCCUUUGUGUACGUGAAGCAUGCAGAUCCUGAAUUCCGCUUUCAGACAACACACCCAGAUAUCUUUCCCUACCUGCUGGUGAACAUUGGGUCAGGAGUGUCUAUAGUUAGGGUCGAGUCUGAAGACCAAUUUGAGAGGAUUGGAGGAAGCUCAAUAGGAGGUGGUACGUUCUGGGGGCUCGGAGCAUUGCUGACAAAAACAAAGCGAUUUGAUGAAUUAUUGCAACUUGCUUCAAAAGGGCAGCACACAAAUGUGGAUAUGUUAGUUCGUGACAUUUACGGUGGGGCAUAUGAAUCCUUUGGGCUGACUGGAGAUCUUAUUGCCAGUAGCUUUGGAAAAUCUGCCACUACUGAUAAAGAGUUCACCAAAGAGGAUAUGGCCAAGAGUUUACUGCACAUGAUCAGCAAUGACAUUGGCCAGUUGGCCUGCUUGUAUGCCAAGCUUCACAACCUCAGCCGAGUGUACUUUGGUGGUUUCUUUAUCCGCGGCCACCCUGUUACCAUGCACACCAUUACCUACAGUAUCAACUACUUUACAAAGGGUGAAGUUCAGGCACUCUUUUUAAGACAUGAAGGAUACCUUGGUGCCAUUGGGGCUUUUCUAAAGGGAGCAGAAGAGGACAAUCCAAACCAGUAUAGCUGGGGAGAGAACUAUGCUGGCAGUUCAGGCUUAAUGAACAGUUCUCCUGAUGUGCAUCCAUUACAGCGAACACGAAGUGGAACGUUUGACAUGUUGGAGAUGGACAGACUGGAACGGCAGCUAGUGAAUCUUCCACUCCUCCUUGACGCCUCCUCAUAUGUCCCAGAUACAGUUGAUCUCACAGAAGAUGCAAUGGCAAGGGAGUAUUGGCUGAGCUGCUUCGAGGAUGCUUUAGAUGGUGUAGUAAAGCGAGCAGUUGCUAGCCAGCCACAAUCAUUGGAUGCUGCAGAGCGAGCAGAGAAAUUCCGGCAGAAAUACAGGCACAAACUUCAGACGUUGAGGCACCAACCAUUUGCGUACGGAUCCCUAACAGUCAGAAGCUUGUUGGACACACGGGAGCACUGUCUGAAUGAAUUCAACUUUCCAGAUCCUUACUCAAAAGUGAAACAGAGGGAGAAUGACAUAGCAUUGAAACAUUUUCAGAAGGUUGUGCAGGCGUUGGAGUCACUUAGCAUGGAGGAGCGGCAGUUUGCACUAGUGAAAGGUCUCUUGGCAGGAAAUGUCUUUGACUGGGGAGCCAAAGCUGUUUCAGAUGUCCUUGAAACAAAUUCAGCAUUUGGCUUUGAAGAAGCAAAAAAGCGCUUACAAGCACGCCCUUGGUUGGUGGAUGCAUACAAUGACUGGUUAGAGCGUCUUAAGGGUCCUCCUCACAAAUGUGCCUUAUUUUUCGUAGAUAAUAGUGGAAUAGACAUAAUUCUUGGAGUCUUCCCAUUUGUCAGGGAGCUGCUCUCGAAAGGCACAGAGGUCAUUUUAGCCAGUAACUCAGGACCAGCAUUAAAUGAUGUUACCUGCAGUGAGUUGGCAAUAGUUACAGAGAGGAUUGCAGCGAUGGAUUCAGUCAUCAGGAAAGCUUUAGAGGAAGAUAAAUUGUUAUUGGUUCAGAGUGGCUCAAGUUCGCCUUGUCUAGAUCUGAGUCGACUGGACAAAGGGUUGGCAACAGUGGUCUGGGAGAGGAAGACUGACCUGGUGAUAAUUGAAGGCAUGGGUCGAGCUAUUCAUACAAACUAUUACGCUGCGUUACGUUGUGAAAGCCUCAAACUUGCCGUCAUCAAGAAUGCCUGGCUGGCAGAACGACUUGGUGGGAGAAUUUUCAGCGUCGUUUUUAAAUAUGAGAUGCCACCAAAGUGAUUGGGAGGACUUGAUGAAGAAGGACUUCACAUUGCACUGGCACUGAGAUGUCCCCUGUGGAAUGUAAUUGUAUUUUUUUUCCUGUGACUAUAUAAUUGAAUUUGCAAAAAAUGUCAAUAUGGAUCAGCAAAGCUUUUGUGUCAGAAGCAAUAAUAUAUAUUAUAUAUGUACAGCAACCAUAUCCUUGUUUUAAACAAACAAUUAUUGUAUAGACACAGUAUUUGUGGAAACGAACAAUUAUUUUGCUUUUGGUCACUCAAGACAAUCAGGUGAAAUGUUAUCUCUUUCGCUGUCUGUUCCCUUUGAAGAAAUCUACUUAAAGGUAGUAUGUCUGCAGAUGCUGGUGUUUCCUUUUAGGUGCCAAUAAAGUGUAAUGGUGCAUGAGUGAUAUUUUAACACUGCACCCCCUUGGUGGUAGUACAAUUGCAAAUGUGCUUCAGACCUUGAAUCAUGUUUGAAAAGAGCAAUUGAAGCUAUAUUGGUAGGUAAAGGUUUUUGUCAGUAUCACACUCUGGGUACAGUUGGGUGGAUGUUGUUCUGUCACGGUAGCACAGUAUUGGAGUGUAAAUCUAUCACUGCACCACUAGGGGUGCAGUACUGGUGAGUACGGGUCUGUUAUUCUAUAACCAGUGAACUACUGUUGAAACGUCAUCACUGUGGUAAACUAGGAAAACAUAUCAACCAAUUUACACACAACAAGCUCCAAUAAAUUACAAUGAGAUAAUGACCAGAUGGCAUGUUUAUUCAGUGUUGAGAGAUCAAUGUUGAUCAGACCACAGAACACUCUCCUCUGCUUCUUGGAGGUAACACCAUGAAAUCUUUCAUUUCCAUCUAAGAUAGCAAAUAGUCUUCAAUUUGAUGUCUCAUCCAAAAGGAAGCAUUUUAGACAGUGCAGAACUCUUACAGUACUACACUGGGAGUAUCAACUAGGAUAUUGUGAAAAUGUCUUUGGUGUUUGUCUUGAACCCAAACCUGCUGGCUUGGAGGUACCAGAUCAAGACAGGUACAAUCUAUUUGUGAUUUGAAACAGGCGACUUAAAUCUCUGAAGACAGAGACUCAAAGCUUUAAAACGAAAACUUGUAUUGAACUGAAAUGUCAGUUGAGCCCAGCACCUGUUUUUUUGCAAAGUGACCAUUGACCUGGAGGUUUCAGUUUUGUUUGAAGUUUUCUUGAUUUAAGAUGCUAGCAAUGUACUGUUCUGAAAGGCUUGUCAGGUUUCAAGUAUUACAUUUAUAUGUUGUCCAGUUUUACAUUUCAAAGUAAGCAGUACUCUGCAAGAAUUUUGUCAAUUUUUGGAAACUUGUGGCAAUUGGAAAUGAUGCAGAGUAAAUUCAGUCAAAUGUUUCCAGGUCUUUUGGGUGAUGGGGUGGAGGAGCUAAUACUAAGAGCUAACAGGGAGGGAUAGGAGCUGUGAAGGUUCUAAAGAGUCCUGUUUGAUGCCGUUGCUGAGUGGUUAUGGUCUUGUAAAUAGUCAUGCUUUAUUUCUGUUGGCAGGUGAUAUGAUUUGAAGAGAUCAAAUUUAAAAUGAUCUAGGUUACAGGAGCAUACUGAUUCUUGGUGUCUCAGCUUACAUACAAAUCAUGACUAUACAGAAAUAACACCUGGAAGCUGGUCUGUUCUUGUUUCCCCAUGCCUCUGAGUUUGUUUGGUCAAGAACGAUGGAGAGCAUAAAUAAAAAUUGAAGGGUGUAACAUGCUAUUUUUCUGAACUGCAGUGACCAAAAUGAGUUCUGUCUCCACCACCCAAUUGAACACUUAAGAUCCUUUUUUGUCAAUCAGUUAUAUUAGUCACCACAACUGACUUUUGCCCUUUUAGGAAUUGGCAUUCACUAAGAGCCUCAUUUGGUGUAUCCAUUUCUGAGGAAUGUUCAGCCUGCUCUAUUUCUGCCUCCACGGUUUUAAAAUCUGCUAACUUAACUGGAAGUAGAAAUUUUGAGCAGUAUUUGCUCCCAAAAUGUAUUCUAAUCGAAAUUGUUUAUGGCUAGUUGUUGCAUAUCUCAUUUGGCAGAAUGAUUUUAUCUUUGUGAUUGAAGUAUAACGGAAUCAUCUUUGCCAACUCUUCAGAAGGUCAAUCUAGUUAGUUCUAUAUUACUGGAUUUUCCCUGCAGCCCAGAAUGGUUUUCAAAUAUUUUUCUAAUUCCAUUUUGAAAGUUACUAAUGAAUCUGCUCUGCCAUUCUUUAGGCAUUGCACAAGCAGUGUCAGCUAGACAGAGCUUGGGAGCACAGGGUGAAAAGAAGUGAAACCACUUCAUAUGUUCUAUUGCAAAUACGGGAACUUCUGUGAUAACAGCGGUGUGUUAGUAAUCGUGUAAGCUUGAAGCACCUCCCAGUACUAUUGAUUUAAUAUCCAAGACAUGAUUGUGGAAUAGCUGAAAAAUAUGUUGCUGGAAAAGGACAGCAAGUCAGGCAGCAUUCAAGGAGCAGGAGAAUCGAUGUUUCGGGCAUAAGCCCUUCUUCAGGAAUCCGGAUUGUGGAAUAGGUUUGCAAUAUUAAUUCUCUCACUAUUGCUAUUUUAAAAAUCUUUCCAGAGAACUCAAAAUGGCUGCCUUACAAUGCCCAUGUACUUGUAGCAUCCCAGUAAUUGACUGCUCCUCAUGAAUAUGCCUAGAGAAUUCCUUUCACCACAGUGUUUGGCCUUGGAAAAUACUGCAGAGUGCUUGAUCCUGUUCUUGUUUGACAUUUAUGCACCCCAAUAUUUUCCUAAUGGGGGUUGUCAUGUGGCAGUCAUAAGUAGGAAUCAUAGCUGGUUUUCUUGGACUUGUAUCCCUGGGGAAGCUGUGAUCAACUGUUUGACUUGUAUUGCUAUCCUAACUGACAUCAAUUCAUUAAACAGAUCAAACUCUGGCUUUUCCUGAUUUCUGUAGCUGUGAGAUAACUGGCACAAUCAGACCACAAGGAGUUUUGAUUUUAAGUGGAAAAAUUAAUUUAAUGAGAUUCUAAUCAUGCUUUUUAAAUUGAGAACCAGCAUUUUGACUCACUAAGAUAAUCACAUGAUAUUCUUGUUGUCUGCAGUUAGUGACAACACCACCACUGGUCAAAAUGAGACGUCAAUAAAAUACCCCUGUCGGUCCUACCUGGAGGCUGCACUGUCUAGGGAUUGAUGUUAUGCACAUUAUUAAUUAUUUAAUUAUCCUCUACUUAGCCAGCAAAACAGUCCUGCUGUCCUUGGGACACUUAUUUCCUGUAGUUUCAAACAUGAGUUUAGAAACUUGUGAAAUCCAAUUGCAAAACCUGAUCCACACUAACUCAUCGGUUGGCACACUGGUGUCAAUAUUCAUUGUUUCUAACAAUCCCUGCAAUUCUUUUUGUUUUGCAUGACCUGCUUGCUCUAAUGUACGAUGAGUGUUUUCGCAGGGCCCCUGUUACAGUUUACACUGAUUAGAUUAGAUUAGAUUACUUACAGUGUGGAAACAGGCCCUUCGGCCCAACAAGUCCACACCGACCAGCCGAAGAGCAACCCACCCAUACCCCUUCAUUUUACCCCUUACCUAACACUACGGGCAAUUUAGCAUGGCCAAUUCACCUGACCUGCACAUCUUUGGACUGUGGGAGGAAACCGGAGCACCCGGAGGAAACCCACGCAGACACGCGGAGAAUGUGCAAACUCCACACAGUCAGUUGCCUGAGUCGGGAAUUGAACCCGGGUCUCAGGCGCUGUGAGGCAGCAGUGCUAACCACUGUGCCACCGUUUACUGAAAGGUUGGUGCAUGCAUGCAGCUCAGAGAAACACUGGCCCCACUUUGAUUGCUUUGUAUCUUCUUUGUUGUGCCAGGCAACUGUCUUCAGGAUGUGGUGUGAGUUUGAGUUAAGUCUUUAACAAGCUAGUAAAAGGUGCAUUGGCAGCACUCCUUCAAAUUAAACAGUGACAGUAGGAUAGGUCAAGCUGGUACUAGGUAACAUUAGAAUGAACAUCAAGAAGUUCUUCACACUAAAAAUGGUUAGUGGGUACGGUAAGGAGUACAUAAAUCAUUGAAGCAGCUGCCAGGUUCCAAGAGUUGGGGCAAGGGAACCUUUCUGGCUGGAUGAAUAAAGAUGGGCUUAAAGAUCUUUCUCGUUGUUUUGAAGGGCUAUUUAGAGAAAAGAAAAGCGUUAUAGUUAUACAAGGAUCUGCCAAAGUGCUUUAAAAGAAAUCAACUAAACAACUGCCAAUUUUCUUUCAGUACGGUCCCAUAAACAGCAACUGAUUGAGUGACUGGUAGAGUUGGAGAAAGGAAUCUUGAGUGGGAAUUAGGAGAACUCCCUUCUGAGUAGUGCCAGGGGAUAUAUAACUAACACUUGAGCAGGCAGGGCCUUAGAUUAAUACCUGAUGCUGAACUACCUCCAGUAGUGCAGUAUUUCACUGUCAAAGUCCAUAAAGAGUUUCAAACUAAUAACCUGAGUCAAGGAUGAGAGCUACCGAUUGAGCAAAAGCAGGCACUUACGAUGAAAAGUUGAAAUGCAUUUUUAUUUAAACUGUUUUUCUAAUCAACCUCUAGAAUAAAUGGGUCUGGAAUUUAGGCCUUGCAGUCCAGGAGUAUUAACACUAUCAGUGCGCCAGAAGAUGAUAUUAAAUAAUUUGAUUGUAAUCAUUCAUGAAUUUAAUUUAUAUUUGAUUAGUGAGUUAAAAGUCCCAGCCUAGCCAUAUAGAUAUAAAUUUCACUUUAUGCGUAAAUGGCUUGAAUCUGUUUUAUACACAGUUUAACUUUGACACAUCAUUAAAAAUUUAAUCAGUGUUAUGUAGCUCAUGAAGCUAUGGUUCGGAACAAGUUUUACUGAGCAGUUCAUCUUGAGUAAGAAAAUGCAGUCAUUUCACUACCUUUGUUCCACCCUCUUCCCAUUUUGAAAAUCUUCUUUUAUGUUGGAGUGUAGAUUUACAGAAAAAAAAGCAGAAAAAUUUGUAAAGGAAUCACUUCUUGUGGUGGCAUGGAGAGAGGUGGCACUUGUAAAUUUAGAAUGUUAAUUGAAAGUUUGAUGGCUUCUCCAAAUUUCAGCUGAGCAACUAGAACAGAGAUUGCUGAAAUAAAUUCAGCAAGUCUCACAGCAUCUGUGGAGAGAAAUCCAAGUUAACGUUUCGGGUCACUCAACCUGAAAUGUUAACUCUGAUUUUUGUCCACAGAUGUUUCCAGAUCUAAUGAAUUUUUCCAGCAAUUUCCGUUCUUGUUUUCUGAUUUACAGCAUCUGCAGUUCUUCUGGUUUUUAUUCAGUGCUGAGCAACCUGCAGCCAUUCACAGCUGCUGAUUAAGCCAUGCCCCCUGGAUGUGUAACAGUGCAUCUCAAGUCCUAUUGUGCUGGCAGUUAAAAAUGAUUAAAACCACCUAGAAGGUGUGCAAGUUGAUGGG